ACAAUAGCGAAUGUUACUUGAUUUAUAUUUGUCUCAUGAGGUGAAGAACUGGGAGGAAUCUCAGAGAUCAUGUAUUUCAACUUCCUCACGGAGUGGCAUGCAGGCAGCAUGCCCCGAUUGCCCCUCCUCACACCUGCCCAUCAUAGGACUUGGGCGACGGGGUGGUGAAAUCAGGCUGUGGCCCCAGCGGCGCCACGAGGCCGAAAACCGGCGCUCAGCCUCAUCCCGGUGGCUGCAGAGUGCCAAGCGCCAGGUCCUGCGCUCUGGGCGCGGGUCAGAAGCAGCUGGCAAGGGCAGCGCAGCCUGUGGGCCCUUGGGCGCGGCCGGCCGCAGCUCCGGGAAGCCACGUCAGCCCACGGGCGCUGCAGCUGCAGCCGCCACCAGCACAUGGAGCAGGGGUCCCCGAGGAUUGGGAAUCCCCGACCAGGCCUGCGCCUCCAGCCGCGCGGACCCCGGGGCCAGCCUGGCCGCGGCAAGUCAGGCAGUCUGCGGCAGGAGCGCCGGGCAUGGGCUUCGGCCGGGGGUGCAGGAGGCGCGCACCCUCCGGCCGGAUGGGCGGCGCAUUCAGGGCCCAGGAGGCCAUCCCAGGGGAUCCCCGCCAGCCCCCGCCGGAGCCCGAGCUGCAGUGCCACCUGCAAGUGGUGCGCUGGCUGCAGCUGUGGCAACCCCGGAUCCCGUCCUCCCGCCUCGCACCCAUCAGAGCGGACCCCGGGGGCGACGCAGUGGCGAUGUCGGGCUGUGGGCCCAGCGGUGGCACCAGGCGGAGAAGCACCACUCAACCCCAUCCCUGGGCUGCAGAGGGCCCAGCGCGGGGGGCUCCGAGCGUCGGGAGCCUGUGGAAGAGAAGAGCGCGCGGGCGACAGUUAAAACAGGCCCUGGAGCAGGGCGCGCCUCGCGCUCCAGGGAGCCCCGCCCGCGGCACCUCCGCAGCAACCGCCGCCUGCACUGGGCGCGCGAGAGCUGCUAGGGCGGUUUCUCUGCCUCGGGCCUGUUGGGCAGGGCCGGCUAAGGUGCGCGUGCUCGCUGGUCCUAACCCUUCUGUUGGGCGUUUCUGCGGAGAGGCGGGAGGCGCUGAGAGUCUGUGCGGAGGUCCGUGGACAGACUGCUUUGCCUGUUGUUGCUCUUCGGAGGCGGCGAUCCCGGAAGGCGAGCUGAAAUACGGCUGCAGGCUACAAUUUGCAGCCGACCAUUAUGGAAGACCACAAGCCGAAGAGGUGGCCCACCCUCAGGGACCGCUUGUGCUCGGAUGGCUUCUUAUAUCCCCAUUACCCCAUUAAACCGUAUCAUCUGAAGGGGAUCCACAGAGCUGUCUUCUGUCGUGAUCUGGAGGAACUGAAGUUCGUUCUGCUCACGCGUUAUGACAUCAAUAAGAGAGACAAGAAGGAAAGGACUGCCCUACAUUUGGCCUGUGCCACUGGCCAACCGGAAAUGGUACGUCUCCUGGUGUCCAGAAGAUGUGAGCUUAACCUCUACGACCGUGAAGACAGGACACCUCUGAUCAAGGCUGUACAACUGAGGCAGGAGGCUUGUGCAACUAUUCUGCUGCAAAAUGGUGCCGAUCCAAAUAUUAUGGAUUUCUUUGGAAGGACUGCUCUGCACUACGCUGUGUAUAAUGAAGAUACAUCCAUGAUAGAAAAACUUCUUUCAUAUGGUGCAAAUAUUGAAGAAUGCAGCAAGGAUGAAUAUCCGCCACUGUUCCUUGCUGUGGGUCAAAGAAAAGUGAAAAUGGUGGAAUUUUUAUUAAAGAAAAAAGCAAAUAUAAAUGCCGUUGAUUAUCUUGGCAGAUCAGCCCUCAUACUUGCUGUUACUCUUGGAGAAAAAGAUAUAGUCAUUCUUCUUCUGCAGCACAAUAUUGAUGUGUUUUCUCGAGAUGUGUAUGGAAAGCUUGCAGAAGAUUAUGCCAGUGAGGCUAAGAACAGAGUCAUUUUCGAACUAAUUUAUGAAUACGAAAGAAAGAAACAUGAAGAGCUUUCUAUAAAUAGCAAUCCAGUGUCUUCUCAGAAACAACCAGCCUUGAAGGCUACAAGUGGCAAGGAAGAUUCUAUUUCGAAUAUAGCCACAGAAAUAAAGGAUGGACAAAAAUCUGGGACAGUGUCUUCUGAGAAACAACCGGCCUUGAAGGAUACAAGUGACAAGAACGAUUCUGUUUCGAACACAGCCACAGAAAUAAAAGAUGAACAAAAAUCUGGGACAGUGCUUCCUGCUGUUGAACAGUGCUUAAACAGGCAACUCUGCUUUAAAGAGGUUGAAAUAUUGGCUCAUGAUUCCACAGUUAACAGGAGUCUCUACAGACCGGAUGCUGUUGCACAGCCUGUGACAGAGGAUGAGUUUGCUUUGGAGUCUGAGAUUACUUCAAAACUAUACAUCCCAAAGAGAAAGAUUAUUUCUCCACGAUCUAUAGAAGAUACGCUUCCUCCUGUUGAAGAGGCUGCUGACAGGUGUCUCUACCUACUGGACCGUUUUGCACAGGCUGUGGCAAAGGAUAAGUUUGCUUUGGAAUCUGAGAAUAUUUCAGAACCAUACUUUACGAACAGAAGGACUAUUUCUCAACAAUCUGAAGAAAAGUUAGAUGCUGCAUGUGGCACUGACAAAACAGAAAAUGGAACCUUGUUUGAAGACCAAAAUGUUGAUAAGGAAGGAAAAGCACUACCAACAACUGGACAAAAAGCAAAUGUGUCUCCUGAGCAACCGCCUUUAUUCACGCAUACGGUGAAAGACAGAGAUCACAUUUCAACUAGAUUCUUAGGAAGUAUGGAUUCACUAACUUCCAGUGAAGAAUCUUCUGAGCGACCUCCUUUAUCCACGCUUACUCUGAAAGAGGCAGAUCCCAGUUCAAAAGCAGCCAUGAGAAGGAAGGAUUCACCACCUCCAGGAAAAGUAUCUUCUCAGAAACAACCAGCUGAGAAGGCUACAAGUGAUGACAAAGAUUCUGUUCCAAAUAUAGCCACAGAAAUAAAGGAGGGACCAAUAUCUGGGACAGUGUCUUCUCAGAAACAACCAGCUGAGAAGGCUACAAGUGACGAGAAAGAUUCUGUUUCAAAUAUAGCCACAGAAAUAAAGGAGGGACAACAAUCUGGGACAGUGUCUCCUCAGAAACAAUCGGCCCAGAAGGUUAUAUUUAAAAAGAAAGUUUCUCUUUUGAAUUUUGCCACAAGAGUAAUGGACGGUUGGAAAUCUGGAACAGUGUCUUCUCAGAAACAACCACCCUCAAAGGCUACAAGUGACAAGACAGAUUCUGCUUUGAAUAUAGCUACAGAAAUAAAGGAUGGACUACAAUGUGGGACAGUGUCUUCUCAGAAACAACCAGCCUUGAAGGCUACAACUGAUGAGGAAGAUUCUGUUUCGAAUAUAGCCACAGAAAUAAAGGAUGGAGAAAAAUCUGGGACAGUGUCUUCUCAGAAACAACCAGCCUUGAAGGCUACAACUGACGAGGAAGAUUCUGUUUCGAAUAUAGCCACAGAAAUAAAGGAUGGAGAAAAAUCUGGGACAGUGUCUUCUCAAAAACAACCAGCCUUGAAGGCUGCAACUGACGAGGAAGAUUCUGUUUCGAAUAUAGCCACAGAAAUAAAGGAUGGAGAAAAAAUUGGGACAGUGUCUUCUCAGAAAAAAACAGCCUUGAAGGCUACAAGUGAUGAGAAAGAUCCUUUUUCGAAUAUAACCAGAGAAAAAAAGGAUGGAGAAAUAUCUAGGACAGUGUCUUCUCAGAAACCACCAGCCUUGAAGGCUACAAGUGACGAGGAAGAUUCUGUUUUGAAUAUAGCCAGAGAAAAAAAGGAUGGAGAAAAAUCUAGAAAAGUGUCUUCUGAGCAACCACCAGGCUUGAAGGCUACAAGAGACAAGAAAGAUUCUCUUUUGAAUAUAGCCAGAGGUAAAAAGCAUGGAGACAAAACUAGGAGAGUGUCUUCUCGGAAAAAACCAGCCUUGAAGGCUACAAGUGACAAGGAAGAUUCUAUUCCAAAUAUAGCCACAGAAACAAAGGAUGAACAAAUAUCUGGGACAGUGUCUUCUCAGAAACAACCAGCCUUGAAGGCUACAAGUGUCAAGAAAGAUUCUGUUUCGGAUAUACCCACAGAAAUAAAGGAUGGACAACAAUCUGGAACAGUGUCUUCUCAGAAACCACCAGCCUUGAAGGCUACAAGUGACGAGGAAGAUUCUGUUUUGAAUAUAGCCAGAGAAAAAAAGGAUGGAGAAAAAUCUAGAACAGUGUCUUCUGAGCAACCACCAGGCUUGAAGGCUACAAGAGACAAGAAAGAUUCUCUUUUGAAUAUAGCCAGAGGUAAAAAGCAUGGAGACAAAACUAGGAGAGUGUCUUCUCGGAAAAAACCAGCCUUGAAGGCUACAAGUGACAAGGAAGAUUCUAUUCCAAAUAUAGCCACAGAAACAAAGGAUGAACAAAUAUCUGGGACAGUGUCUUCUCAGAAACAACCAGCCUUGAAGGCUACAAGUGUCAAGAAAGAUUCUGUUUCGGAUAUACCCACAGAAAUAAAGGAUGGACAACAAUCUGGAACAGUGUCUUCUCAGAAACCACCAGCCUUGAAGGCUACAAGUGACGAGGAAGAUUCUGUUUUGAAUAUAGCCAGAGAAAAAAAGGAUGGAGAAAAAUCUAGAACAGUGUCUUCUGAGCAACCACCAGGCUUGAAGGCUACAAGAGACAAGAAAGAUUCUCUUUUGAAUAUAGCCAGAGGUAAAAAGCAUGGAGACAAAACUAGGAGAGUGUCUUCUCGGAAAAAACCAGCCUUGAAGGCUACAAGUGACAAGGAAGAUUCUAUUCCAAAUAUAGCCACAGAAACAAAGGAUGAACAAAUAUCUGGGACAGUGUCUUCUCAGAAACAACCAGCCUUGAAGGCUACAAGUGUCAAGAAAGAUUCUGUUUCGGAUAUACCCACAGAAAUAAAGGAUGGACAACAAUCUGGAACAGUGUCUUCUCAGAAACAACCGGCCUGGAAGGCUACAAGUGUCAAGAAAGAUUCUGUUUCGAAUAUAGCCACAGAAAUAAAGGAUGGACAAAUACCUGGGACAGUGUCUUCUCAGAGACAACCAGCCUUGAAGGCUACAGGUGAUGAGAAAGAUUCUGUUUCGAAUAUAGCCAGAGAAAUAAAGGAUGGAGAAAAAUCUGGGACAGAGUAUCCUGAGAAUCUGCCCACCUUGAAGGCUACAAUUGAAAAUAAAGAUUCUGUUCUGAAUACAGCCACCAAAAUGAAGGAUGUACAAACAUCCACACCAGCAGAACAAGACUUAGAAAUGGCAUCAGAGGGAGAGCAAAAGAGGCUUGAAGAAUAUGAAAAUAACCAGCCACAGGUGAAAAACCAAAUACAUUCUAGGGAUGACCUUGAUGACAUAAUUCAGUCAUCUCAAACAGUCUCAGAGGAUGGUGACUCGCUUUGCUGUAAUUGUAAGAAUGUCAUAUUACUCAUUGAUCAACAUGAAAUGAAGUGCAAAGAUUGUGUUCACCUAUUGAAAAUUAAAAAUACAUUUUGUUUAUGGAAAAGAUUAAUAGAACUUGAUCACUGUGAGCAACUUAGAGUAAAAAUUCAAAAACUGAAAAAUAAGGCUAGUGUACUACAAAAGAGACUAUCUGAAAAAGAAGAAAUAAAAUCGCAGUUAGAGCAUGAAACACUUGAAUUGGAAAAAGAACUCUGUAGUUUGAGAUUUGCCAUACAGCAAGAAAAAAAGAAAAGAAGAAGUGUUGAAGAGUUGUACCAAAAAGUUAGGGAAAAGUUAAGAAUCACAGAAGAGCAAUAUAGGAUAGAAGCUGAUGUGACAAAACCAAUUAAACCGGCUCUCAAAUCAGCGGAGGUGGAAUUGAAGACAGAAGGAAAUAAUUCAAAUCAGGUUUCUGAAACUGAUGAAAAAGAAGACCUGCUGCAUGAAAACCGCUUGAUGCAAGAUGAAAUUGCCAGGCUCAGGCUGGAAAAAGACACAAUAAAAAACCAAAACCUGGAAAAGAAAUACUUAAAAGACUUUGAAAUUGUGAAAAGAAAGCAUGAAGACCUUCAAAAGGCUCUAAAACGGAAUGAGGAAACAUUAGCAGAAACGAUAGCCUGUUAUAGUGGACAGCUUGCUGCUUUGACGGAUGAAAACACAACGCUCCGUUCCAAACUGGAGAAGCAAAGAGAGAGCAGGCAAAGACUGGAAACAGAAAUGCAAUCAUACCAUUGUAGACUGAAUGCUGCUCUAUGUGAUCAUGAUCCAAGUCACUCAUCAGAAAGAGACCAAGAGCUUGCUUUCCAGGGCACAGUAGAUAAAUGUUGUCAUUUACAGGAAAAUUUGAAUUCUCAGGUUCUGAUUCUUUCUCUGCAACUUUCUAAAGCUGAGAGUAAGUUCAGACUCCUCGAAACUGAGCUCCAUUACACAGGAGAGGCUCUGAAAGAAAAGGCUUUGGUUUUUGAACAUGUGCAAAGUGAGCUAAGGCAAAAACAGAGUCAAAUGAAGGACAUUGAAAAAAUGUACAAAAGUGGAUACAAUACAAUGGAAAAAUGCAUAGAAAAGCAGGAAAGAUUUUGUCAACUAAAAAAACAAAAUAUGUUGCUUCAACAGCAACUGGAUGAUGCUCGCAACAAAGCUGACAAUCAAGAAAAAGCAAUACUUAAUAUUCAAGCCGGAUGUGAUGCUAGAGUACAAAACCUUCAAGCUGAGUGCAGAAAGCACCGUCUUUUACUAGAAGAAGACAAUAAAAUGUUGGUCAAUGAAUUGAAUCAUUUGAAAGAAAAAGAAUGCCAAUAUGAAAAAGAGAAAGCAGAAAGAGAAGUAGCUGUGAGACAGCUUCAACAAAAACGAGAUGAUGUCUUAAACAAACGAUCAGCAACAAAAGCUUUGCUGGAUGCUUCAUCGCGUCACUGCAUCUAUUUAGAAAAUGGGAUGCAGGAUUCAAGGAAGAAAUUAGAUCAGAUGAGAAGUCAAUUUCAAGAAAUACAGGAUCAACUUACAGCUACUAUAAGAUGUAUUAAGGAGAUGGAAGGCGACGCACAAAAGCUUGAAGUAGAAAAUGUCAUGAUGAGAAAAAUUAUUAAAAAACAGGAUGAACAAAUUGAGCGGUUUGAGAAAAUCCUGCAGCAUUCAAGUUUGAUGCUGCAGGUGUUUGAGAGCUAGAUGAAGAUAUGGACAUUUCUGGAAUUACAGAGCCCCCUCUACAUUGAGCACAAGACAGUGACGAAUCCACAUUCUUCAGCCAGCAAGUCACCUCUGAGAGCCAAAUGUCUGAUUAUAGACAAGAGAGUCAGAGAAUGAUAACGACAUCUCAGGAAAAUUGUGAAAAUAAUCAGCAACCGUGAUGGCAUCAGCUGAGAAGGGAAGGAAGCCCAUGUGAGGACACUGAAGGAGUGAGCAGACAAUAAGAAGCCCACAGAAGACAGAGAAGGAACACCUAGAGGGAGAAGCCAAGGCAGGCGUGUGUGGUAACAUAUAGGAACUGAGGGAGAGGACAUUUCAAGAUGGAGGGGAUGCCAUACAACAGGACUAUGUGAUGGUUUUUGGCUGUGUCCAUAGGAAGUCACAACAGGCAAGGGAAAGAAACCAGAACCCAGUCAUGGAGUUAAGAAGUGAGUCAGAGAGGAGAUGGGUAGGGACAGUGAGGUAAGGCCUCUUUUUAAGGAAGUUUGGCUGAAGGAUAGACUAGCUGGACAUAUGCUGGCUGUGUGGGGUAGAGGGAGGAAUGAUGGAGGGUAGGAGAGCCUUGAGCCUGCGAGAAGAGUCUCCUAGAAUAGAGAAGCUGAGGUUAAAGUUGUGGAAGACAGUGGGGAUAACUGAGUGACAGAUAAUCAGGAGAAGAAAAGGAGAUCCAGAAUCAUGACAGAGAGAUGACCUUUGCCAAGAGCACAGCCGUCUUUCACUGUCACAGAGAGGUAGGACAAAACGAUUGGUGUUCAAGAAUUGGUUUGUAGCACAAUAUUUCAACUAUGUCCUUUAAAAAGUUUCUCCACAGACACUACCCAAAGCAGUCCUUCACUACAGUGGCAGACAGACCUGAAAAUUUUCAUCUGAAGCAGCAGAGUGAACUGCAGAGGCAGGUCACCAACCAGUGUGGAGGCGAAAAGCGGGCCUCUCUGGGGAUUCCAGGUGGAAGUGUUGGACAUCUGUACUAUUCCUGGUCUCGAAUCAUCCUGAUAUUCUUCAUUUUGUCAUUCACAUUGGACCAGGAGAUAGAAUCUCACUAUGUUGACCAGGCUGGUCUUGAACUCUUGGCACCCAAGCGAUCCUUUUGCCUGGAAUCCCAAAGUGUCAGAUUUACUGAAGAAUAUUUCAUUGUAAUUACUUUUUAUACUUUAUAGGUCAAGAGCUCUGUUUUAAAGACAAAAUUUAUUGAAUAUACUUUUUCAAACAAAGUUUCAUGUUCUAAUCAUUGUAUGAUUUCAGCAUUAAAUGAAACACAGUAAAGAAAGUUGGGCUGA